AUUAAAGCUCCUGAUUGCGAAGGAGAGAGAAUACCAAGAGAUAAAGGAGAGGAAAAGUGAAAGAGAAGUAUCAACUCUGAAGGACGAGCUCACCAAGCUGAAGGCUUUUGCACUGCUGGUUGUGAGGGAGCAACAGUGUCUGAGCGAGCUGCUGGAGGAGCAGAGGCUCCGUGUCAAAGAACUGACCGCCAUCACUGACCAAAUCCAGCAGGAGGUCAGUGCCACUUACCCCGGCGCAAAGGAGGAGGAGCUCAAAUCCCUGCACAACAAUCAAGUUUCCGUCUCCCACCAAAGCCAGAACGCCAUGACAGCCCCGAGCCUCCUGUCGGAGGUCGAGUUACUGAGGAGAAGGGUCGUGGAAAUGGAGGGAAAGGACGAGGAGCUGAUACGCAUGUGGGACCAGUGUCGAGACUUGGACCGCAAGCUAGCGAGGGAGAGCAGCCAGUGCCGCAGCUUGAAAGUUGAAGUGGAUAAACUCAAUGGCAGAAUCAGUGAAUUGGACAGGAUAGAGGGGGCUUUAGGGAAGAGCAAACAGGACUGCAGCAUUUUGAAGGGCAGCUUGGAGCGAGAGAGAGAGGUUAGCAAGAUGCUGUCUGGUGAGCUCGACACUCUAAAAGUUAGGGUGAGGGAGCUAGAGGCUGUCGAAGGCCAACUGGAGAAGAGCGAGGCGGUGAUUAGGCAGGACCUGGCCAAGCUCAGGUCACUGACUGUGGCUUUGGUGGAAGACAGAAAGACCAUGGCCGAGAGGCUCCGGCAGGCUGAGGAAAAACUCAACAGGAGGGAGGGCAAGAGAAAUGAGCAAAGCAAUUUGGCAACAAUGACAGAAAGACUGAGAGAGGAGAGGCAGCAGGCACUGAGGUCUAAGGCAGAUUUAGAGGAAAGGAUUAAGGGCAUAGCAAAGGAAAAACAUGAGCUCCAAGACAGACUAAAAACGGAGGAGGAGAGGAAUGGAGAGCUACAGAGCAAAGUAACGAUAAUGAAGAAUAGGUUACAGAUCUUGGAAAACAGGAAAGAAAAAGAGGAGAAGUACACAUACAGCUCUAUCCCAAACAACGCCAACCGCCACUGCCAAGCCGAGGACAAUAAAGUCAAAGAAUUGACCCGGGAGCUGGAUAGGUUGCAAAAGAGACUACAGGAAAAGGAGAUGAUGGAGGAAGAACUGAUGAAGGUGGAGGAGGACUUUGCGUCCCUACAAAAGAGGUUCCAUGAUGAACAGAGGAAGUCCCAGGCUCUAACAGAGGAGCUAGAGGGGGCAAAGAGGGAGUUAUCCAGGUAUGAGCAGGCAGAGAAGCAGGAGGUCAACCAGGAGCACCUUCUCCUUUGCCGGCUUCAGAAGGAGCAGGUUAAGUCCAGACUGUUAGGCAGAGAGGUUGACGCCCUGAAGGAGAAACUCCAGAAGCUGAUGGGAACAGACGAGUCCAUCUGCAGGGUUCAGACGGACCACUCCGUGCUCCAGAGGAAGCUGACACAGCAGGAAGCCAGUAACAGGGAGCUGGCCAGAGAGAUGAAGGAGCUGAGUAGUGAGCUGGACAGGCACAGACAAAUCAAGAAUCGUACACCUGGUGCAAACAGACAACUCUUUUCAGACCUCCAUCAGACCAAAGAGGUUCAGACCGAGCCAGCGGAUAGCCUGCCGCCUGACUACAGCGAGAAACUAGAUGGAGAAAACGAGGAUGAGGACCCAAACCACAACGCAGAAGUCAUAAACAGAAGAAGAAGCUCUCUUGUCAACAACCUGAACAGCUUGAACAGCGCAAACAAUAACGGGCAAACGGUAAAUGGAGAGGUGAUGAUGUUAACGCACACACCAGGGCAGCCGCUGCAUAUCAAAGUAACACCACAUCAUAUACUCAACACAGCCAUGCUCGAGAUAAGCAGCCCCACCGGAGACGCGGCAACGUCUUACACCAGCACAGCCGUCAUCCCGACAAGCGGAGCCUCACCUAAACAGAGAAUCACGAUCAUCCAGAACUCAGCUCUGUCUGCAGUUAAUACUAAAACCCCUCCUUCAAGCCCUGACCGCACCGUCUCCCCACUCGACGGUACACCCAUCUCUCGGGUGUUGAGCCCAAACUCAUCACGCUCCACGACGCCCGACCACGGCAACUCCCCCAUUCAGAUCGUCACAGUCAGGACCUGUUCUCCAGAUCCGGCGGAAGCUGCGAAUCAGGCCGUCUUCUGCAAGACACCGGAGCGGCAGAACAGCUGGCAGAGGUCCAACAGCACCGACGCAAGUCCCAGUAUCGUCGCCACGGAGGAUAACAAGAUCCAUAUCCAUCUGGGGAGCCCAUAUAUCCAGUCUCUGAAUGGUAUCACCCACAGUAUCCCACAGCCUGUCGGGCCAUACUAUCUCCGACACGAGCAAAGAACUCAGGUGCUCGCCAAUGGCUGUCACGUCAAAGGUGUUGGCACGAUUACAAGUAGCAUCACUAUAUCCCCUGCUUCCUCUUCAGCUUCACAUUCCUCAAAUAUUACAGUAAGUGGCCUUUGUGAUUAGGUGAAAAUGUAUGUAUUCUGAACAUAAAGUAUUAUGUUUUCAGUCACAUUCCUCAACUAAAGCAAUUCACUUUAUCUAAUGAGAACCCAGAGUUUGUUGUGUUUUGUAACAAUUAUGAAAUAAAUGCUUUGUGGUAUUGUCCUAUGUCUUAUAAGAGCCUUUGUAAAGCCUACUUAGUCUAGUUAGUGUGUCCCUACACUUACUGAAUUUAACCCUUUAUUGACUGUAUGUUAUGUGUGUCAAGUGCCUGAAAGAGCUAAAUGAGACAGCAUUGCAACCAAAAGUGUGAUGUGCUUUUUACAAUUUUCUGUUUCAUUAUUGUUAUUUUUUUUUUCUGUUCAUUAAAAAUGUUUCUGUUGAUUUUA